CAGAGAGCAGUCGGCUGGUUUCUCCAGAGCCGUCUGACCACGAAGAGCUCAGGAAACGAGGACAGGGCGGCUGGAGCGGGUCGGACUGCGGAGCUGCUCACACCAAGUUCGCUCUGCUGAAAACAACAACAGCAACAACAACAAAUAACAACAAAAAAUGGCAAGUUCUGCCCCUGUGGAGACGAUGAUGUCCUGCGGUAGGACCGGGCCGUCCGUGGCUCCAAAGACCCUGGCCUUCUCCAUAGACCGGAUCAUGUCCAAGAGCUCGGAGCCGAAAGGGAGUCCGGACGAGCGGCGGGGCGCGGAGGGGUCGGAGGGGAAGAAGCUGCUGGGUCUCUGCUCCCCGAUCCCCUGCAUGAUCCCGCUGCAGCCCUUCAGCUACGACCUGCAAGCCAAGGCGCUGAUGAACUACUCUGAGCUGUGGAGAGCCAGUUUCAGGGGCGCGUUUUGCGGAUCUGCGGCCGUUCCGUGCAAAGGGAACUGCGGCGUGUGCGGCAAAGCGGAGUCGGCCAAGCAGCCGCUGCUGCCGGGGAGCAGGGUGGUGAAGCCGCAGGUCAUCCACCAGGCCGUGGCCGUGCCCACCGGCGGCUCCCUCUACUAUCUCAACUACCUGGACUCUGCGUACCAGCAGUCGGAGCUGCUGGCCGGACACUGGUUCUCCAGCCCGCAGGCCCAGGCCUCUCUCUCGGCGCACCACAGACUCUUACUGCUGGAGAAUGCCAAGCUGGCCGGGAUGGGCGCCGAGAAGCUGCCCACACCUCAGUACCCGCACAAGGAGCAUCUGCCCGGCCAGCUGGACCAGAUAGUGAAGGAGAAUCACGGCCUGAGCGCCGAGAAAAACGGCGUCAAAACGCACAGCAAACUCAACAGCAGCAACGGCGCUGCAGACGGGAAGCCCAAAAACUUCACGUGUGAAGUGUGUGGAAAGGUUUUCAACGCUCAUUACAACCUGACCAGACACAUGCCGGUGCACACCGGCGCCAGGCCCUUCGUGUGUAAAGUGUGCGGGAAAGGAUUCCGGCAGGCCAGCACGCUGUGCAGACACAAAAUCAUCCACACGCAGGAAAAACCCCAUAAAUGCAACCAGUGCGGGAAGGCGUUCAACAGGAGCUCGACGCUGAACACGCACAUACGGAUCCACGCCGGGUACAAACCUUUCGUCUGUGAAUUCUGCGGAAAAGGCUUCCACCAGAAAGGAAACUACAAGAACCACAAGCUGACCCACAGCGGGGAGAAGCAGUACAAGUGCUCCAUCUGCAACAAGGCCUUCCACCAGGUCUACAACCUGACCUUCCACAUGCACACGCACAACGACAAGAAGCCCUUCACCUGCGGCACCUGCGGCAAGGGCUUCUGCCGCAACUUUGACCUGAAAAAACACAUCAGGAAGCUGCACGACAGCAGCCUGGCCUCGGCCGCCGAGGCCUCCAGAGACCUGCAGAGCUGAGCUGCACCGGCUGGAGCUUUUCCAGGCCCUUGGAGCUGUGUUUUUUUUUUCUUUUUUUUUUUUGUCUUUUUGUGGUCACACACACUCUAUUCUGGAUGGACCACGGGGGCUGCAAAAAGACUGGGUGACUUACCACGUGGAACAGCAUGCUUUGGAGCCAAGGGAACACUUUUGAAAAAUAUACUGGUCCAAAACAAGGUGGGAGUAGUCCACUAAAACCAGACAUGAUCCCUUUCGAAAAAGAACUAUAGUAAGCCUAUGAUCAACUUUAGGAUUCUGCACAAAACAAACUGUAAACUAUUUAAGUCCCUUAUAGUGAUACCAUAGGAGAAUUAAAAAAGUAGGCUGCCAUAAGCUACAAGGAGGUCACUAUAAUCCCAAUAUUUGGUACUACAAGGCACACAGUUAAGGCCUCUAAGGUGUUACAGGAAUAUUAUAGUGAUUUUUCAUUAGGGAUAGUUUAAGCUCCAUUCUCCCUGCAUUGCCAGU